AUGAUUGCUCUGGAGCCUGUAUCAAUAGUGGUAGUGGGCGCAGGACUUAUAGGACCUCGUCAUGCACAACAUAUUAAAGAGCACAAGAACGCUAGACUUUUUGGUAUAGUAGAUCCAAGUGCUAUUGGUCGCAAAGUAGCCGAGGAUUAUAAUACUGACUACUUUGAUUCGAUAUCUGCUAUGAUAAACCACUGUGAUAACCAAGGAAUUGCUUAUCCUCAUGGAGCGGUUGUGGCUACUCCAAAUGCUACCCAUAUACGAGUUGCAGCUGAAUUGGCAUCCCACGGAAUUCAUUUACUUGUUGAGAAGCCACUCAGCUCACGAGCCGAGGAGUCAGAAGCACUUAAAAGGUACUGUGCUGAAAAAAAUGUUCAUCUUUUGGUGGGUCAUCAUCGUCGGUUUAAUCCAUUUAUCAUCGAAACGAAAAAGCAUCUACAAACGCUAGGUACAAUUGUUGCAUUGCAAGGUACAUGGACUCUUUGCAAGCCAGACGACUACUUUCUAGCAUCUCCAUGGCGCACCUCCAACGAAUCUGGUGGAGGAACUCUUUUAAUCAAUCUUGUUCAUGACAUUGACAUCCUUCAAUAUUUAUUUGGACCCGUCGAAAGAGUAUACGCCGAGGUGCUACAGAAACAGCGAGAUCACUACCCGGAAGCAGACGAGGGCGCAGCACUCACUCUACGCUUUGUUAGUGGAGUUUGUGGUACAUUUGUUUGUUGCGAUUCGGUAACCUCACCGUUCAACUUUGAGUCCGGAACCGGCGAAAAUCCCAAUAUUCCAUUUCAUGAACAACUAGAAGGAUUCUAUCGAGUCUACGGUACCAACGGAACACUUUCGGUGCCAGACAUGCAUUUAUACCACCAGCAGCAUACACUAGAAAAAACCUGGAACCAGCCGGUGAUAAGAGAAAGAGUCAGUCCUCAUCCCGAAGUAUUGAGAAGCAAACACCCAUUCGAUCUCCAACUAGACCACUUUCUCAACGUAAUAAAUGGUAGUGAACUGCCUCUUUGCACCGCUGAAGACGGAAUACAGGCACAGCUAUGCAUCAACGCUGUGAUGAACUCGAUUAAAACAGGACUUCCACAAACGAUUCCCAGCACCUCGUCCAUUCACCCGGACUAUAAGGCAUUGAAUAUAUAG